ACCAUGCCCGACUCGCCGGCCGACGUCAAGACGCAGCCCAGGUCCACGCCGCCCAGCAUGCCGCCGCCGCCGCCGGCCGUCACGCAGGGAGCCACACGCCACCCCUCCUUCACGCCCAGCACCAUGAUGAACGGCAGCAGCCACUCGCCCACCGCCAUCAACGGGGCCCCGUCCACCCCCAACGGCUUCAGCAACGGGCCGGCCACCUCCUCCACCGCCUCCCUCUCCACCCACCAGCUCCCGCCGGCCUGCGGCGCCCGCCAGCUCAGCAAGCUCAAGCGCUUCCUCACCACCCUGCAGCAGUUCGGCAACGACAUCUCGCCCGAGAUCGGGGAGCGGGUGCGCACCCUCGUCCUGGGGCUCGUGAACUCCACGCUCACCAUUGAGGAGUUCCACGCCAAGCUCCAGGAGGCCACCAACUUCCCGCUGCGGCCCUUCGUCAUCCCCUUCCUGAAGGCCAACCUGCCGCUGCUGCAGCGCGAGCUGCUGCACUGCGCCCGCAUGGCCAAGCAGAGCCCGGCGCAGUACCUGGCCCAGCAUGAGCAGCUGCUGCUGGACGCCAACGCCUCCUCUCCCAUCGACUCCUCCGAGCUGCUCCUGGAGGUCAGCGAGAGCGGCAAGAGGAGGACACCAGACAGGACCAAAGAGAACGGUUUGGACCGCGACCCCCUGCACCCCGAGCACCUCAGCAAGCGGCCGUGCACCAUGAGCCCCGCGCAGCGCUACAGCCCCAGCAACGGGCUGAGCCACGCGCCCAACGGGCUGCCGCCCCCCGCCGCCCCCCUGCCCCAGCACUACCGCCUCGAGGACAUGGCCAUGGCGCACCACUACCGCGACGCCUACCGCCACGCCGACCCCCGGGAGCUCCGCGAGCGCCCGCGGCCCGCCGCGGUGCACGGGGCGCGCCAGGAGGAGGUGAUCGACCACCGGCUCACCGACAGGGAGUGGGCGGAGGAGUGGAAGCACCUCAACAACCUGCUGAACUGCAUCAUGGACAUGGUGGAGAAGACGCGCCGGUCGCUGACGGUGCUGCGGCGGUGCCAGGAGGCCGACCGCGAGGAGCUCAACCACUGGAUCCGGCGCUUCAGCGAUGCCGAGGACAUGAAGAAAGGCAGCCCCCCCUCCGCCCGCCCCCACAACAGCUCCUCCAGCUCCGAGGCACCCCAGUUAGACGCUCACCGGGACUUCGCACCGCGGCCCCUCUCCGGUUACAUGCCCGAGGAGAUCUGGAGGAAGGCUGAAGAAGCUGUGAACGAGGUGAAGCGUCAGGCCAUGUCCGAGCUGCAGAAGGCCGUGUCGGAUGCCGAGCGCAAAGCCCACGAGCUGAUCACGACGGAGCGAGCCAAGAUGGAGCGAGCCCUGGCCGAGGCCAAGCGCCAGGCUUCGGAGGACGCCCUGACCGUCAUCAAUCAGCAGGAGGACUCGAGCGAGAGCUGCUGGAACUGCGGGCGCAAAGCGAGCGAGACCUGCAGCGGCUGCAACACCGCCCGCUACUGCGGCUCCUUCUGCCAGCACAAGGAUUGGGAGAAGCACCACCACGUCUGCGGGCAGACUCUGCAGGGGCUGCCGGCCCCCGCCACCGCCCCGACCGCCGGCGUGGGGCUGCCGGUGGGUUCGGCGCAGCCCGAGGGGGUGCCCCCCAUGGCCAGCAGCCCCAGCGAGACGGGCUCGGGGGCCGCAUCCCGCGCCGGCACGCCGGCCACCCCGGCCCCGCUGGAGAGCGCGUCCCGCUGA